CUCAGCUACGCGUAAAGAGAGUCCCUGCAAUAACUUCCGAGUGUCCCUUAAAGCUGUCGUAUCAGCCCGAACAGUUACAUUCCCCAUUGCAUUGUCAUCUUUUGAUACCCGUACAAUAGCCACACCUGCAAAAUACAUAAUUCCAUACGGAGAAUCUCUGUGACAUCUCAACUUGGGCCUACAGUCCCCAUGGCGCCCAAGAACAAAGACUCUGGCAAGGGUGGAAGUAAAGGCAAGGGAAAAGAAGAUGCAUCAGGUGGUGCAGGCGGCAAACUGAAAUCUGCGCAGUCAAUCAACGUGAGGCAUAUUCUAUGUGAGAAACACUCCAAGAAAGAAGAAGCACUGGCGAAACUUCGAGCGGGUGCAAAAUUCGAUGACGUGGCGAGGGAAUUUUCAGAAGACAAAGCUCGACAAGGUGGUGCUUUAGGCUGGAAACCUCGCGGCAGUUUACAUGGUGAUUUCGAAAAGGUCGCUUACGAGCUUGAGCCCAGCACCACAGCCAAUCCAAAGUGUAAGUUCCUUAUCAUUGUCCCGUACAAAAGAAUGUCCGUUGUGGGAUAUCUACCAGUGUACAAAGAAAAAGCCUGGUUUUUGCCAAAAAGGAGCGGCCCAACACAUUUACUCUCUGGGAAGAUAACAAGAAAUCCGUCGUCCUGUUCGCCGUCCAAACACUUAAAACGACCGUUACCUGGCGUCACUAAUUUAUCGCUCGGACAGUUGCCGAGGUGAAAACUAGCCAUGGCUAUCAUAUCAUAAUGGUAGAGGGCAGAAAGUAGACCAAAACAUGAGUAAGCCGGACAUCAGUGAAUGAGUGGACUGGCCAUGCUCACAUCGGCCAACACAUCCAAGGCGAUAUGAUCGAGAUGAUGCUUUCUCUUUCGGGGAGAUGUGUUGACAGGCAACACCAUGACAUCAAUCAGAGGGAUCUUCUUUGCUGUGUUGUCCGGCGGAAGGAGCACAGGCCUGAUGAGCUCGGGGUUAGACUCUGCAUAACCGGGUGGACUAGGUCGAUCUUGUGGAGGUGUGAUCCGAGCAGCAACAUGAUGCUGAAAAACAGUCUGUGUUGGAUCCGAGACUGUCUUUUGAUGCAGUCUUUCAGCAAGAUCAAGGUUCAAGAAGCCGCUUGAUCUUGGUUCAUCGUUUGGCGGUGACAGACGUCCAUUGAUAUUAAAGGGUGCAGAUCGUGGUAUUUCCACGAGAUUGAGAAUUCCACUGGAACGAGGUUCUUCUGCUUCAGUAGAGCCCGAUGUAGCACCACUAGGUGACAAGGCGCGUGAAGAAGGGGUGUGGACGGAUCGUUCAUCGAUGCCAGAUGAGACUCGUCUGGUUGCAAUAGUAUCAGGCGAAGCAUGUUCACUUGCUGCUGGGGAUUGUUCUUCUGGACCACUGAUGCGAGCCACUCGUCUUCUCUUUGAUCGGAGACCUUCUAAUUCCUCCACGCGUUUCGCAAUCGACAAGGUAGCAUCGUCGAUGGCGACAACACGACCUUGAAGUCGGACUUGUUCGUCGUAAGUACCUUCCACUCGGUCCUCGAGGUCAGCUGUCUUUCUGCGCAUCUCCUUCUCGCUUUGAUAGAAGGGCGCCAGUGCCUCACGCAAGAUACGAAUUUCCCUUUCCCACAUCUGGCGUUCCCUCGUCAACGCAUUCUCCCGGUUUGUUCGUUCAUUCUGGAUGGUUUCCUCCAAGCGUCUGACUUUUUCUCCAAAUUUUUCAAGGAUAGCAUAAGUUUCCGUGGCGUGUCUUUCGUGGACAUGAUAGCAGGCUUGAUGACCGCAUUCACAUAUAUUUCCAGGGGCGUUUCGAUUGUGAUGAAAGGAUUGACAAGAGCAUGGUUGGUUCUGAGCCGAUGGGUGGAGCAAGAUGUAUCGGCACCCGCCAGUUGGUAGCGGGCGGACGGACUCAGACGUCAACCGGAGAGGGCGAUGCUCGUGGGCGAGAGGUGGAGGAAGCGGCGACGCGUUUGAGCCAAACAUCGAGGCCGUGAUAGAAAGUGUGUUGUUGGUGUUGUACUCCGUAGUAUUUCGACAAAGGAACUUUCCUCACACCGAAAU